UAACUUUUCUAAGUAACCACGAACUCCUUUUUCCCAGAUCGAGCUUCAUUCAUUCUUUAUUCUUCUUCUUCUUCUUCCUAAAGCUUUGAGCAGAGCUCUAUCGAUGAGUCAACAUAACACAAAGAGUAGAAUAUAAAAAACAAUGAAGAAACCUCAUUUUUUGAAAAAUCCAGUAUUUUUCUUACUUCUACUCAUUACUCUUUCUUCCCUAACUAUACUCAUCUUCUCUUUUCUUAAAUUACCGGAAACACCUCUCGCCGCCGGUAACCAUAUCCGCAAACUCCGGUACGAGCUCACCGAUGAACUCGGUUACUUCGGGAACAUGAUGAUCGAAAUGUUACCGGAAGAUCUGGUUUUUACAGCCUUCGUACCGUCCGACAAAUCAUUCCGCCGAGAUCUAGGGCUGAGAUCGAACAAUAGCCGCCAGAUCAAAUCCCUUGAAGACGAUGACGACGAAGGAGAUGAUAACACGUACGCCGUCGUGUCGAGGAUCAUGGGUUUCGCGGUUGUUCCUUACAAAGUGGAAGAAGCGGACAUAAGGAAAGACGAAACGGCGUCGUAUGAGUCGUUGAGUGGUUUCACACUUAAGAUUUGGAGAAGGAGAAAUAGUGGUGGGUUGGUCGUUAAUGGCAUCGAGACAGAGAAGAUGGGGUUGAUAAAGAGAGGGAAGAUCAUCGUGCAUGUAAUGAAUGGUGUUGUAAUGGAUUCUGAUUUCGCACAGUCUCUUGCUUCUUCUACUCCUCAAGAUGAAGAUGAUGAACCUUAGAAGAAGAAGACGAGACAUUAGUCUCUUCUCUCUUGUAAUUUUUGUAACAUAGCAAAGGAAACACAAAAAUAAUAAUUUGACUAAGCAGAAAAUUAUCCAAUCAAACUUUUAAUCAUCAUUUUUUUUAACUUACAUUGGUGAUGAAUGAUAUAUAGUAGCAUCUUUCUCAAA